AGGUCAACAAGAAGGAGGUGGUGGAGGCGGUCACGAUCGUGGAGACCCCGCCCAUGGUGAUCGUGGGGAUUGUGGGAUACGUGCAGACCCCCCGCGGGCUGAGAGCCUUCAAGACCGUCUUCGCUGAACACAUCAGCGACGAAUGCAAGAGGCGCUUCUACAAGAACUGGUACAAGUCAAAGAAGAAGGCCUUCACCAAAUACUGCAAGAAGUGGCAAGAUGAUGAGGGGAAGAAGCAGCUGCAGAAGGACUUCGAUUCCAUGAAGAAGUACUGUCAGGUGGUCCGCAUCCUCGCCCACACGCAGAUGCGUCUGCUGCCGCUGCGUCAGAAGAAGUCUCACCUGAUGGAGAUCCAGGUGAACGGUGGCUCAGUGUCUGAGAAGGUGGACUGGGCCCGUGAGAAGCUGGAGCAGUCCGUGCCCAUCACCAACGUCUUCUCCCAGGACGAGAUGAUCGACGUCAUCGGGGUCACCAAGGGGCACGGCUACAAAGGCGUCACCAGCCGUUGGCACACCAAGAAGCUUCCUCGCAAGACCCACAGAGGCCUGAGGAAGGUGGCUUGCAUCGGCGCCUGGCACCCUGCCCGCGUGGCGUUCUCCGUGGCACGUGCUGGUCAGAAGGGGUACCACCACCGCACGGAGAUCAACAAGAAGAUCUACAAGAUCGGUCAGGGUUACCACACCAAGGACGGCAAACUGAUGAAGAACAACGCGUCCACGGAGUACGAUCUCUCCAACAAGAGCAUCAACCCUCUGGGAGGCUUCGUGCACUACGGGGAGGUCACCAAUGACUUCGUCAUGCUCAAGGGCUGCGUUAUUGGAACCAAGAAGAGAGUCCUCACUCUCCGCAAGUCCCUGCUGGUGCAGACGAAGCGUCGUGCCCUGGAGAAGAUCGACCUGAAGUUCAUAGACACCACCUCCAAGUUCGGACACGGACGCUUCCAGACCGCCGAAGAGAAGAAGGCGUUCAUGGGACCACUCAAAAAGGACCGAAUCCUCAAGGAAGAGACUGCGUAAGCCCAGAGACCCCCUCUCUCAUCUUUCUCUGGUUUUAUAUAAAGUCUUUCUGCAGUAGUACUGCCGGCUGUCCAAUAAAGAAAUUAAAACCUUUUAAA